AUGAGCUCCAUGAGCAUCAAAAGACAGCAAAGGAGGCCGGAAGAGAGCCCGCUCGACCUCAAUAACUUACCCGAAGAGUACGGCAAGCAAGCUGUGGAAGAGAGCUCCACCACCACCGCAGCCUCCACUGAAACUGCUAGGUUCAAGAAGAAAAAAAAUGGAGGCAAGGAUGAGAGUGGGAAGAUUUAUGAGUGCCGGUUUUGCUCGCUAAAGUUCUGUAAAUCACAAGCUUUGGGUGGCCAUAUGAACCGGCAUAGACAGGAGCGGGAGACAGAAACACUCAACCGAGCUCGUCAACUUGUGUACAGCAACGAAGGUCUCUCUGCAGGAGUUCACUUAGGGUAUUUCAGUGUUCAUAAGGAAUAUUGUAUGCAUCCUUAA